GCACAGGCCUCCUCAAGUCCCCUUCCUAGAAGUCUCAGGUGGCCCUAACGUGUCUGCUCUGUCCCUCUUUCCAGCAGGAUGAAGAUGAGACGCUACAAGCUCUUUCUCAUGUUCUGUAUGGCCGGCCUGUGCCUCAUCUCCUUCCUGCACUUCUUUAAGACCCUGUCCUAUGUCACCUUCCCCCGAGAACUGGCCUCCCUCAGCCCUAACCUCGUGUCCAGCUUCUUCUGGAACAAUGCCCCCGUCACGCCCCAGGCCAGCCCCGAGCCGGGAGGCCCUGACCUGCUGCGGACCCCCCUCUACUCCCAUUCGCCCCUGCUGCAGCCCCUGUCACCAAGCAAGGCCACCGAGGAACUCCACAGGGUGGACUUCGUGCUGCCCGAGGACACCACCGAGUAUUUCGUGCGCACCAAAGCCGGGGGCGUCUGCUUCAAACCAGGCACCAAGAUGCUGGAGAAGCCGCCGCCGGGGCGGCCGGAGGAGAAGCCCGAGGGGGCCAACGGCUCCUCUGCCCGGCGCCCGCCCCGGUACCUGCUGAGCAACCGCGAGCGCGCGGGCAGCCGGGGCCCGCGGCGCAAGUGGGUGGAGUGCGUGUGCCUGCCCGGCUGGCACGGGCCCAGCUGCGGCGUGCCCACCGUGGUGCAGUACUCCAACCUGCCCACCAAGGAGCGGCUGGUGCCCCGCGAGGUGCCGCGCCGGGUCAUCAACGCCAUCAACAUCAACCACGAGUUCGACCUGCUGGACGUGCGCUUCCACGAGCUGGGCGACGUGGUGGACGCCUUCGUGGUGUGCGAGUCCAACUUCACGGCCUACGGGGAGCCGCGGCCGCUCAAGUUCCGGGAGAUGCUGACCAACGGCACCUUCGAGUACAUCCGCCACAAGGUGCUCUACGUCUUCCUGGACCACUUCCCGCCGGGCGGCCGGCAGGACGGCUGGAUCGCCGACGACUACCUGCGCACCUUCCUCACCCAGGACGGCGUCUCGCGGCUGCGCAACCUGCGGCCCGACGACGUCUUCAUCAUCGACGACGCCGACGAGAUCCCGGCCCGCGACGGCGUCCUCUUCCUCAAGCUCUACGACGGCUGGACCGAGCCCUUCGCCUUCCACAUGCGCAAGUCGCUCUACGGCUUCUUCUGGAAGCAGCCGGGCACGCUGGAGGUGGUGUCGGGCUGCACGGUGGACAUGCUGCGGGCCGUGUACGGGCUGGACGGCAUCCGCCUGCGCCGCCGCCAGUACUACACCAUGCCCAACUUCCGCCAGUACGAGAACCGCACGGGCCACAUCCUGGUGCAGUGGUCGCUCGGCAGCCCCCUGCACUUCGCCGGCUGGCACUGCUCCUGGUGCUUCACGCCCGAGGGCAUCUACUUCAAGCUCGUGUCCGCCCAGAACGGCGACUUCCCCCGCUGGGGCGACUACGAGGACAAGCGGGACCUCAACUACAUCCGGAGCUUGAUCCGCACGGGCGGCUGGUUUGACGGCACGCAGCAGGAGUACCCGCCGGCCGAUCCCAGCGAGCACAUGUACGCCCCUAAGUACCUGCUCAAGAACUACGAGCAGUUUCGCUACCUGCUGGACAACCCCUACCAGGAGCCCAGGAGCACGGCGCAAGGCGGGCGGCGCAACAGGCUUCCGGAGGGAAGGCCGCCCGCCCGCGGCAAAUCGGACGAGGUGGAAGGCUAAGGCCGCGUGACCUUCUAGGGCCCGUGGCAGGGUGCGGGGUGGCAGCCGCCCCUAGAAUUAUCUCCCUGUCUCCUUCUGCCGGCUUGGAUUGGUGGUUCUUGAGAGGACCAGGAGAGGGUGGGUGGGUGUAUGGGGCUUCCCCUACUCAAGCCCUUGUGAAACGAGGGUCAGGCCUUUGAGCUCAAAAUGCAGAGUGGGGCAGGCUGAGACCUCUGUUCAGCCCUUCUGCCCGCCAAGAGUGCUGUGGCCGGAAGGUGCUGCUGGGAGUGCACCGGGGCAGAAGGGGAGGGCAGGCAGGGUGGGGGAAGGGAUCCCCUAGGAACUCUCCAGAGCGCCCAUGGGGGCGUGGCGUGGCUGGGAGGAGCCCACCGUUGGCAUCCUGGGGCUUUGGACCUGCAGGGGGAAAAGGGCAUGCCAGGAGGGCCAGGGGCUCUGUAAAUAGAUGCAUUUGGGUCCAG